UUGUAGGGUUUCGAUCGAUCCCAUCUUUUGGUGUUGGGAGAGCGCGUGCGAUCUGUUAAUUCUCGGGAGAGAAGAGAGGAGGGAAAGAGAAAAGCUGUGAGCUUUUCCGCAGAAGGUAAGGCGGAGGUAUGGAAUCCCAGAGGGGCGACGGAGACGACAGGCCGGGAAAGAGUGACCUUAGAGCCGGUGGCGGCGAUGGAGGUGGUGGUGUAGGAGGCGGAGCGGUGGCGACCCCGCCGCCGGCGGUCAUACCGGUCCACCGAUUCAUCGUCCCCAAGCCGGAGCACAUCGAGAUGUUGGGGAUGGGUGCGUUCCAGUUGAUCCGGAGGCCGGCCAGCCGAACCAAGGACCGCCACACGAAGGUUGAGGGCCGGGGCCGGAGGAUCCGGAUGCCGGCGGCGUGUGCCGCCCGCAUCUUCCAGCUCACCCGCGAGCUUGGCCAUAAGUCCGACGGCGAGACGAUACAGUGGCUCCUGGAGCGCGCGGAACCAGCGAUCCUUGCCGCCACCGGCACCGGUACCGUCCCCGCCAUCGCCACCAACGUCGGAGGGACCCUCAAGAUCCCCACCGAGGCGCCUACCUCCGCUCCGGUGACCUCCACAUCCGCCCCUGCGGCCGCGGACGACCCGGUUGCUCCCGACGACGAGGAGGCGGGAAAGAAGCGGAGGAAGAAGCUCCAGCCGUCGCGGACGGGCCGUAGCGCAGCCAUCGCCAAUCACUACCCCGUGCAAGACCCGUUGCUCCCGGUGGGGGGUGCGAUCUCGAUACCCUCUGGCCUGGCACCGAUCGGGGCAGGGGUGCAGGGGGUGGUGCCCAUGUGGGCGCUCGGAGGCAGCGCUGCGGGGGCCAGCGUGAUACCGCCGGGAGCGCUGUGGGUGCUGCCACAGCCGUCCACCGCUGUGGCGGGCACAUCGAGCCAGUCACAUGUGUGGACGUUCCCCCAGACGCCGCAGAUCAUCCAGCUUGCCUCGGCCCGUCCGAUAUCCGCUGGAGGGCUGUUCUCGGGCGUCAACGUGGCCACCGGGCCGGAGGGUGAGCCUUCCGCCGCGAGCCCUCCUGCGGCGGGUAGGAAGCAUGAGCCGCGACUGAUGUCAGCUCCCGUCGCUUCGCGACGCGGGCAGGUGCAAGAGCUAGACGAGGACGACGAAGACGAAGAAGACGAGGACGACAGCAGCGCCGAGGACUAGAAUUGGGUCCAAGAGUUGCCUUCUUCGUUUCAUUCCUCUUCUAUUGUUGUAACAGUGUGCAUCGUCCGAAGUCGGUCGACUCACAAAACCCAUUGUUCGACCAGCUCA